GGCUCUGCAGUGUUUGACUGUUUCGAGGCUGGCCUUGGGGCGGAGGUGAGAAUCUGGUCCUACACACAGCCCAGGUACCAGAAAGAACUCAACGUCACACGGCAGCUGCCUGACUGCAGGGGUCUUGAAGUCCGGGACAGCAUCCAGAGCUGCUGGGCCCUGCCCUGGCUCAGUGUGUCUGCAGACGGUGACAAUGUUCGCUUGGUACUGGAUGUCUCUGAGGAGCAGGACUUUGGCCUCUUACUGUACUGGGACCAGGGUCCUCUCAAAUCCCAGAGGCACAAAAACCUGACUGGACCACAGACUAUUACUUUAAACCAUACAGACUUGGUUCCCUGCCUCUGCAUUCAGGUGUGGCCCCUGGAGCCAGAUUCUGUUAGGACCAGUUUCUGCCCCUUCCGGGAAGAUCCCCGAGCACACCGGAACCUUUGGCACAUAGCCAAGCUGAAGCUGGUGUCCUCAGAGACAUGGCAGCUAGAUGCACCAUGCUCUCUGCGGGCCAAGAUGGCACUGUGCUGGCAGGCACCAGACCAGGGUCCCUGCCAGCCCCUUGUGCCACCGAUGCUCCAGGAGAAUGUCACUGUGAAUAAGCCUCAUGAAUUCCCGUUGCUGAAAAGCCACCCUAACCUCUGUGUCCAGGUGAGCAGCUGGGAGAAGAAGGUCCAGCUCCAAGAGUGCUUGUGGGCUGACUCCUUAGGGCCCUUCAAGGAUGAUAUGCUGCUAGUGGAGAUGAGAACUGGCCCAAACAACACAUCGGUCUGUGCCUUGGAACGUAGUGGCUGUACAGCACUGCCCAGCAAUGCCUCCACGAGAGCUGCUCACCUUGGAGAGCAGUUGCUGCAAGACUUCCGGACACAGCAGUGUGUGCAGCUGUGGAAUGAUGACAACCUGGGAGCGCUCUGGGCCUGCCCCAUGGACAAGUACAUCCAUAAGCGCUGGGUCCUGGUGUGGCUGGUCUGCCUUCUCUUGGUCGCUGCGCUUUUCUUCCUUCUCCUUCUAAAAAAGGACCGCGUGAAAGCGGCCCCCAGGGCCCGCACAGCCUUGCUCCUCCACUCCGCCGACGGAGCGGGCUACGAGCGUCUGGUGGGCGCGCUGGCGUCAGCGUUGAGCAAGCUGCCGCUGCGCGUGGCCGUGGACCUGUGGAGCCGCCGCGAGCUGAGCGCGCACGGGGCCCUGGCCUGGUUCCACGGGCAGCGGCACCGGACCCUGCAGGAAGAUGGCGUAGUAGUCCUGCUCUUCUCGCCCGCGGCGGCGGCGCAGUGCCAGCAGUGGCUCCAACAUCAGACGGUGGAGCCAGGGCCGCACGACGCCCUCGCCUCCUGGCUCAGCUGCGUGCUGCCCGAUUUCUUGCAAGGCCGGGUGGCCGGCCGCUACGUCGGGGUCUACUUCGACGGGCUGCUGCACCCCGACGCCGUGCCCGCUCCGUUCCGCGCUGCGCCGCUCUUCUCCCUGCCCUCGCAGCUGCCUGGCUUCCUGGAUGCCCUGCAGGGAGGCUGCGCCCCGCGCCCCGGGCGGCUGGCGGACAGGGCGGAGCAAGUGGCCCAGGCCCUGCGGGCCGCCCUGGACAGCUGCACCUCACAUUCGGCAGUCCCGGGCUGCGGCGAAGCAUGAGACCCGGGACCCUACCCUUCACUCGAAUAAAGACAGACGCAGUUAGCCUAA